AUGGCUGAGGCUUGUGAUAAAUGGCAGCAGAAAGGUUCUGGUGAGAAGAGUGGGUUCCAGCUUCAGUUCAUCAGUAGCUCCAGCAGCAUAUCCACCACCAAAAAGACCACCAUCUGUCUUCGGGAUAUUUAUGUUCCCAAGCCUCAACCUCCCAAAGCUCCUGUUCGGAUCCGCCCUCCAGGUCCGAGAACUCCCUCAGUAAAGGAACCCGAUUUAAAGCCCAGCUUGCCCAGUGAUCUUUCAGUCAAGACGAUCAUGAGGAGACGAGCUCAGUCUCUUCCUUCGUUUAGAGAGAGGAAGAAAGAACUUAGGAGCCAGCAGGUACGCUUUGUGGACUCGCUGGGCCUGGAGUUAGAGGAAGUGAAGGUCUUCAAAGUUCAAGAGCACCCCCUGAUACCCCAACAUGUUAUGUUCAGACUACUGAUGAGCUCUGAGCUGGCUUUUGGGAAGUCAUUGGAACUGUCCCUGCCUUACUUCAAACCUUGUUUCCCUGAAAAUAUGGGAGCUCAGCCGGACUUCCCGAAGCGUCUCUGUACUCAGUGUGUGUGUCUGGAGCAGGUCCUGUGUUCAGAGCAGGGGAUAACAGGCACUAUACAAGUACUUAAUUUAGCUUAUGAGAAAGAGGUCACAGUGCACUACUCUUUCACCAACUGGAGAACACACACGUCCACAACAGCAUCCUGGGUCUCAAGUGGGACAGACAGGGAGGGUGACGCUCCAGAAACAGAUAUCUUCAGAUUUCGUCUGCCAGUCCCCCCCUUCAUUUUGCAGCCAGGAGCUAUCUUGGAAUUUGCCAUCUGCUACCAUGUAAAAGGAUCUGAUUAUUGGGACAACAACAACGGGCGCAAUUACAAACUGUCAUGCCACAGCUACAAGGUGACCGUGCCAAAGGAGUGUGAAGAUAGCAUGCUGCAUUUUACCUGA